AUGGAGGUGAGCACCGUGUCUCCAUCUCCCGCCUCUCCGGCUGAAGGAGAUGAUCUGUGUGAGAUCGAUGUCACCGAUGUGGCCAUGCACAGUGUGACUCUGCUCAUCUGCCUCUGUGGGCUGGCUGGGAACGGGGCUGUCAUCGGCCUCCUCAGCCUGAAAAGCAGGAAUGCUGGCAUCUUUGACCUGGCUGUCAUUGACUUCCUCUUCCUCCUCAUUGCAGUCCCCUUCGCCCUCCUCAUCUUGGUGGAGGAUUUGUCCUGCUCUCCUAUCCUGCCCCUGUUGUACAUGAACUUCGUUUUCCAGCUCUCAGUGGUCUCCUGCUACUGGGGACUGUUCCGGCUGAUGCCCGGCAGUGCUGUACUGUAUAUGUACAGGCUCUGCAAGCUCUGCUGCCACUUUGACCUUCCUCUGCGCCUGUUGUGGGUGGUGGACACUGUCCAGUAUUGGGCUUUCUUUGCUCUCUUCACUGUCAUUCCCACAGUGACAUUCCUGUGCCCAUCACACGAGCAGGAGCACUGCCGGGCAGCUCUCAUCUCUGUGUACAGCAUAAUCCUGCUCCUCGUUGCUGCACCCCUGUUCAUUUCCAGCACAAUUGACUUCAUUAAGUCCAAGUGGGGCUCCCAGCAGCAGCAACCCAAGAGGCGCGACAUUGUUAUUGACCUCACUGUGCUCUUCACUCUUCUCCUCAACAUCUGCAGUUUCCUGCAGCAGCUCGGUUACAUCCUUGUGUCCUCAGAGGUGGUUUUCCUGCUCACCUGCAUCCUCAGCAGCAUCAAACCCUUUGUCUACUUCUUCGCAGGGAAGUGCAGGGGGCCCUGCUCCGUGCAGUCCUUCCAGCUCUCCCUCCAGAGAGUCUUUGAGGAGCCAAAAGAAAAAAUGGCCCACAGCAAUGAUCCUGCCAUGGACACAGGGGUGUGA